AUGAACGUCCUUUACAUAAUUAAAACAAGAGUGACUGCCUGGCCCCGAGGGUGUUGCCCCGCGGCGCUGCCCGGAGGCGGCUCCGCUCCCGGUAACGAGGAGAGGCCGUUGGUGGCCGCUCCCGCCCGGGGCCUGCGCGUCCCCGGCCCCCCCGGCCGCUCCCGCCCGGGGCCUCCGCGUCCCCGGCCCCCCCGGCCGCUCCCGCCCGGGGCCUCCGCGUCCCCGGCCCCCCCGGCCGCUCCCGCCCGGGGCCUCCGCGUCCCCGGCCCCCCCGGCCGCUCCCGCCCGGGGCCUCCGCGUCCCCGGCCCCCCCGGCCGCUCCCGCCCGGGGCCUCCGCGUCCCCGGCCCCCCCGGCCGCUCCCGCCCGGGGCCUCCGCGUCCCCGGCCCCCCCGGCCGCUCCCGCCCGGGGCCUCCGCGUCCCCGGCCCCCCCGGCCGCUCCCGCCCGGGGCCUCCGCGUCCCCGGCCCCCCCGGCCGCUCCCGCCCGGGGCCUCCGCGUCCCCGGCCCCCCCGGCCGCUCCCGCCCGGGGCCUCCGCGUCCCCGGCCCCCCCGGCCGCUCCCGCCCGGGGCCUCCGCGUCCCCGGCCCCCCCGGCCGCUCCCGCCCGGGGCCUCCGCGUCCCCGGCCCCCCCGGCCGCUCCCGCCCGGGGCCUCCGCGUCCCCGGCCCCCCCGGCCGCUCCCGCCCGGGCCUCCGCGUCCCCGGCCCCCCCGGCCGCUCCCGCCCGGGGCCUCCGCGUCCCCGGCCCCCCCGGCCGCUCCCGCCCGGGGCCUCCGCGUCCCCGGCCCCCCCGGCCGCUCCCGCCCGGGGCCUCCGCGUCCCCGGCCCCCCCGGCCGCUCCCGCCCGGGGCCUCCGCGUCCCCGGCCCCCCCGGCCGCUCCCGCCCGGGGCCUCCGCGUCCCCGGCCCCCCCGGCCGCUCCCGCCCGGGGCCUCCGCGUCCCCGGCCCCCCCGGCCGCUCCCGCCCGGGGCCUCCGCGUCCCCGGCCCCCCCGGCCGCUCCCGCCCGGGGCCUCCGCGUCCCCGGCCCCCCCGGCCGCUCCCGCCCGGGGCCUCCGCGUCCCCGGCCCCCCCGGCCGCUCCCGCCCGGGGCCUCCGCGUCCCCGGCCCCCCCGGCCGCUCCCGCCCGGGGCCUCCGCGUCCCCGGCCCCCCCGGCCGCUCCCGCCCGGGGCCUCCGCGUCCCCGGCCCCCCCGGCCGCUCCCGCCCGGGGCCUCCGCGUCCCCGGCCCCCCCGGCCGCUCCCGCCCGGGGCCUCCGCGUCCCCGGCCCCCCCGGCCGCUCCCGCCCGGGGCCUCCGCGUCCCCGGCCCCCCCGGCCGCUCCCGCCCGGGGCCUCCGCGUCCCCGGCCCCCCCGGCCGCUCCCGCCCGGGGCCUCCGCGUCCCCGGCCCCCCCGGCCGCUCCCGCCCGGGGCCUCCGCGUCCCCGGCCCCCCCGGCCGCUCCCGCCCGGGGCCUCCGCGUCCCCGGCCCCCCCGGCCGCUCCCGCCCGGGGCCUCCGCGUCCCCGGCCCCCCCGGCCGCUCCCGCCCGGGGCCUCCGCGUCCCCGGCCCCCCCGGCCGCUCCCGCCCGGGGCCUCCGCGUCCCCGGCCCCCCCGGCCGCUCCCGCCCGGGGCCUCCGCGUCCCCGGCCCCCCCGGCCGCUCCCGCCCGGGGCCUCCGCGUCCCCGGCCCCCCCGGCCGCUCCCGCCCGGGGCCUGCGCGUCCCCGGCCCCUCCCCGGCCCUGCGCGCAGCGGGUCUGA